CGUUAAACAUGUCCAACGAUGUUGCGGGAGCCACGUUCAUGGCAGCGGCCACCAGCGCUCCGGAGCUGUUCGUCAACGUGAUCGGUACGUUCAUCACCGAGGGCGAUAUCGGUGUUGGCACCAUCGUGGGCUCGGCCGUCUUCAAUAUCCUGGCCGUGGCUGCCUGCUGUGGGAUCGGCGCCGGCAUGGUAGUGCCGCUGGAUUGGUGGCCACUAACGAGGGAUUGCCUUGCGUAUGGUAUCACGGUGGCCAUCCUGAUUUGCAUCAUCCAUGACGAACGGGUCGAGUGGUACGAGGCGCUCAUACUGGUGCUGCUAUACAUCGUCUACAUCGCCGUGAUGUACUACGACAAGUCGUUCCAAAAAUGCGCUCGAGGUGGCCUGAAGCACGCUCGAAAGCGAAGAUCGCACGACACCUCCAGCAGCCUCAAGUCGGUGUCCAGCAGAACGCAAGAGGCAAUUGAGGCGCGCACCCCGCUGCGCAUCGGGCACUUCCAGCAGAACGGAAACUUGAAGAACGUGGCCCAUAUCGAUGCACCCGCGGAAUUGACGUCACCAGCAUCGGCCGGUGACGGGGCGGACGUGGAAAUGCAAAUUAAGCCAUUCACGUCGGUCGACCUGCGCGUGUCGGAGGUGGCCACAACGGCGCUUGGUAUGAAGGAGGUCACCGGUGCGCCCUCGGACGAUCCCUCACCCGAACCUGCGGAUGAAACCGUCCCCGAGAGGCCACCACCACCGCCAAGUCCCGCUACUCCACCGGCACCGGAUGCGGUUAAGGAGAGCAAUGGAACCGCCGCAGGAAAUGGUGCCGAUCAGCCGGAAGCGCUGAAGGAAUGGUGUGGUGAAAAUGGCCACAGUACGUCUGGUCCUGUGGCGGAAGCGAUCGUCCGGGCGCUGGAGAGUGGUACGGGACAAGGAGUUGAUCAGGACACGGGGCUGGAUGGAACCGGAGAGCAUCCAAAUGGAACAGGCGAGCAAGAGGACGCUAAGGACGAUGACGACGAGUUCAGGCUGCUCAAGUACCCUUGUGGUAAGAGCGCGUUUAGACAGUUCUCGUGGAUCAUCACCUGGCCGAUUCAUUUGCUGUUCAUGUUCACCAUCCCGAAUUGCGAGAAGCCCCGUUUCCGGAACUGGUUCCCGCUCACGUUCAUCAUGUGCAUCGUGUGGAUCGGGUCACUGUCAUAUGUGGUCGCCUGGAUGAUCACCAUCAUUGGUGACACACUGAAGAUACCGGACUCGGUGAUGGGUAUCACAUUUUUGGCCGCCGGAACCAGCGUCCCAGAAGCUGUCUCGAGCGUGAUAGUCGCAAAGCAGGGUCACGGUUCGAUGGGAAUCAGCAACUCGAUCGGGUCGAACACCUUCGACAUUUUGCUCUGUCUCGGGUUGCCGUGGUUCAUCAAGGCGGCGUUUUCACCGAUCGAACCUGGCCAUCACUGGGUCGGCAUCAACUCGGCCGGGCUGGAAUACUCGGCUAUCUCGCUGUUAUCGACACUCCUGAUGCUGUACAUCGCGUUCUCGCUGAACAAAUUCAAGCUCGACCGGCGGGUCGGCAAUGCCUGUCUGAUCAUGUACGCUGUGUUCCUCAUUCUGGCCAGCCUGAUCGAGCUGAACGUGUUUUUCCGCGUCAACCUGCCCACCUGCGGCCGGUGA